GUACAUUAUCAUCAAGUAGUACCAUCAAACCUGCGGAAGCAUUCAACAGAAUCGCCUUGAAAGCUAGAAGCCAUGUCGACCACCACUACACAGCCCUGGAAGUUUGAUUUUACAUCCGUCGAUGCUUCAUAUACCAAGACCAGCAUUGCAGACCCACCAGGAUAUAUUGGCUCAAAAGAUGUUGCGUCGCGUGGACACAAAGCAGCAAAGAGGAGCGAAAUGGAUCAAGAACUGUUGAAAGUCAAGAAAGCAUGGGAUGUCGCAUUGGCUCCAGGCAAGAGCCUUCCUAUGCAGGCAUUCAUGCUUUGGAUGUCUGGUAAUAGUGUUCAGAUCUUUUCUGUUGCUAUCACGGCUAUGUUGAUGUUCUCACCUAUUAGAGCACUUAUGAGCAUGUCGCAAGUUUUUGAGAGAUAUGAAACUGUUUCACCAGUCAAGGUUAGCUUCAUGGACAGUAAAUUGGCGUUUCCGAAAAUGACAUUUGUGGCAAUGCAGAUCCUCACUAUCUUAUUGGGAAUGUGGAAGUUGAACUCUAUGGGACUUUUGCCUACAUCUCAUUCGGAUUGGUUAGCCUUUUUGGAUCCUAAGACGCCACUUGAGUAUACAGCAUAGUCCUAAAAUAAAAAUAAAAAUAAAAACAAAGACCUUUCGUUUCUCC